CGGCAGAGUUAUGCCAAGUAUGUGAGGAGCCCGCGAGGGCCAGCGCCGGUCAUGGGGAGCCGCCGUCGUCGCCGCCGCCGCCGCCGCCUCCGCGAGCGCAGAUUUUUCCCCAACAGGGCUCCGUCCUCCUCUCGCAGCGGGGGCGAGCCUGGCUGUUGAGGCGGAGGGGAUGGCGGACCCUCUGAGGAGGACGCUGUCCAGGCUCCGUGGGAGGCGGAGUCCCCGCGCCGCCGGGGGGCUCGGGCUCCGGGCGGCGGCUGCAGCUACGGUGGCGGCCUCCGUGGUAGCCGAGGGAGCCCCGGACGCCUCCUCGUGCGAGCACGCCGGCGGAGCCCGGCCGAGCCUGGAGCGGCCCCCGCCGUCGCCUCAGGCGUGGGGCCCCGAGGCUCGGGUCCCGGGAGGGCGCCCGGAGCGGUGGGGAGCGCUCGGGCCUCGGCCGCGCGGCGGGAAGGAGGCCGUCUCUUCGGGUGGCGGGCUCACUCGCGCCUCUCUGCGCGCCCCGCCGGGCUCCGAAGGCAGCGGAGAGGACGACGCCGAGCAGGAGGACGACGCCGACUACUAUGAGAACGUGCCCGGCGGCUCCCAGUCGGCGCCCGAGCCCGAGGGGGCGGAGGCGGAGCGGUGGCCCCCGCCUCCCCCGUCGGCGGGCUCCUCCCUGGGGGCGGAGGGCGGCCGCCUGGAGACAGGCAGGCUGCAGACCCAGUUGCGAGAGGCCUAUUAUCUGCUGAUCCAGGCCAUGCACGACCUCCCCCCUGACUCGGGCGCGAGGCGGGACGACAGGGGUUGGGCGGAUCGCGGCUGCCUUGUGGGAGCCCGGGCUCUGGGCCAGCCGCCUUCCCCCUGCGGCGCUGCGGACCGCCGAGCCUGCCCCCGAGACUGGCAGCGGGGAGGCGGUGGCCGCCCUUGGCAGCAGGUGUCUCCGCCCCGGUCUCCUCCGAGGGAGUCGGGGGGAGGCCGCCUGCGGACUCCUCGGAUGCGGCUGUCCUGCAGCAGAAGCCUCGAGAGCCUCCGGGUGGGUGCCAAGCCUCCUUCUUUCCAGCGGUGGCCGAGCGACAGCUGGAUCAGGUGCAGCGUGCGCGGGGACCUGGACGAGCCCCCGCCACGUGGAGGCGGGAUGGACGGCUGGAGCGGAGGCAGCGCCCCGGCCGCGGCCCCCUCCGGCCUCCGGCCUCCCUGCUCCAAGGACCCCGGCCGCUCCACGGGAAGCCCCUUCAGGGAUCCUGCGGGGUCAGCUGUGGCACGCAGCCGCAAAGGAGAUGGCCAGGAGGGGCUUCCCUUCCUCAAGCCUCCUGCGGUGACAGUCAAGAAGCUGCAGAAGUGGAUGUACAAAGGACGUCUGCUGUCCCUGGGAAUGAAGGGUCGCUCCCGUGGGACAUCCCCCAAAAUCUCUGGAGCGCAGGCGAACCCUACAAAUCUGGGCGCCUUGAAAAUGCGUGAAAGCCAAGUCCUCUCCGUGCCUCCAGACCAAAGAAUUACGCUAACAGAUUUAUUUGAAAAUGUCUAUGGGUCUUCAGUGAAGAGAAGAGAACUUGAAGAUCUGAAGGAUAAUAUUGGAAUCAGAGGUCAUAAGCCACUUAACAGCAUCACUGUGUCAAAGAAACGCAAUUGGCUAUAUCAGAGUACUCUGAGAUCUUUUAACCUGGAAGAAGAAAAUAAGAAAUGCCAAGACAGAAGUCAUUUAUCCAUCUCACCUAAACAUCAGUUAUCACGACCUUUCCUCAAAUCAUCUGAAGAAUAUUGUACAUAUGUGGUGUGUAAUGCUACAAAUUCUUCAUUAUCAAAAAAUUGUUCUUUAGAUUUUAAUGAGGAAAAUGAUGCAGAUGAUGAAGGAGAAAUAUGGUACAACCCCAUUCCUGAGGAUGAUGACUUUGGUAUAUCAAAUGCCUUGAGUUUUGGUGAGGCAGACCCUGCUGUUCUGAAGUUUCCUGCUGUUAGUUUGAGAGUAUUGUCUGGUCCAGACCUAAUGAAAGCAGAACAGUACACUGAAGGCUUGCUGUACUCUUCAGAACACAGAGGCAAGGUUCAUACAUCACAGUCAAAUGAAGUGAAUCCUGUUGAGUCCAUCCACUCCACAGAGCUCGUGCGGCAGUACAAGCAAGGGCUUGGACACAAGACACAAGAAAGAAUAAUGGUAGAGGAGAGUCUCAUGUUGAAAUCUCCUUUUGCAGGUCCUGGGAUCCUAGGUGCUACAAAUAAGACUGAAUUGGGAGCCACCGAAUUAUCUUCUCCAAGCCCUAGCCCUGUGAAAAAAAGCAGUUCAAUUAACUGGUCUUUCCCAGAUAAAAUAAAAUCUCCACGAACUGUGAGGAAACUUUCCAUGAAAAUGAAAAGGUUGCCAGAACUUAGCCGAAAACUGAGCGUUAAAGGAACUUUGAAUUACAUGAACAAUCCAGAUAAUACUCCUUCCUUGUCUAAAUGUACCUGUCGAGAAAUUCAUCAUGCCAAUAUUCUACCUUCUGGGAACACAACCACAGCUGCUAAGAGGAAUGUCAUAAGUCGGUACCAUCUGGAUACCAGUGUAUCUUCUCAGCACAGCUACCAGAAGAAAACAUCUGUGAGUUCCAAGUAUUCCUGCAAAGGUGGUUACCUCAGUGAUGGAGAUUCACCUGAACUUAUAACUAAAUCUAGCAAACAUGGAUCUGACAACAAAUUUGGAAAGGGAAAAGAAAUAAUUCCAAGUAGUUGCAGCAAGAGUGAAAUAGACAUUGAUGCUUUUAGACAUUAUAGUUUUUCUGAUCAACCUAAGUGUUCUCAGUACAUAUCUGGGCUCAUGAGUGUGCAUUUCUAUGGUGCGGAGGAUUUAAAACCACCUCGGAUAGAUUCAAAAGAUGUCUUUUGUGCAAUUCAGGUAGAUUCAGUAAACAAAGCAAGAACAGCUUUGCUCACAUGUCGGACAACAUUUUUAGACAUGGAUCAUACUUUCAACAUAGAAAUUGAAAAUGCGCAGCAUUUGAAAUUAGUAGUAUUCAGUUGGGAACCGACUCCAAGAAAAAAUCGAGUGUGUUGUCACGGAACUGUUGUUCUCCCCACCUUAUUCAGAGUGACAAAGACACAUCAGUUGGCUGUCAAACUUGAGCCUAGAGGUCUUAUUUAUGUGAAAGUGACUCUUCUGGAACAGUGGGAUAAUUCUCUUCCUGGACUGGCUAUAAAUCGAGAACCAGUAAUAUUUGGUGUUGAUAUUCGAAAAGUUGUAGAGAAAGAAAAUACAGGACUGAUGGUGCCACUUCUGAUACAAAAAUGUAUUAUGGAAAUUGAAAAGAGAGGCUGUCAGGUAGUAGGCCUGUACCGAUUAUGUGGUUCGGCAGCAGUCAAGAAAGAACUUCGAGAGGCUUUUGAGAGAGAUAGCAAAGCUGUUGGUCUGUGUGAAAACCAGUACCCAGAUAUAAACGUAAUAACAGGUGUUCUUAAGGACUAUCUAAGAGAACUUCCUUCUCCUCUGAUAACAAAGCAGCUUUAUGAGGCUGUAAUAGAUGCAAUGGCAAAAAAUCCUUUGAAAACGUCAUCAAGUGGAUGUGAGAAUGACCCAAGUGAUUCUAAGUAUACUGUUGACCUGCUUGAUUGUCUGCCUGAUGUUGAGAGGGCAACCCUAAAGAUGUUGCUGGAUCAUUUGAAAUUGGUGGCUUCUUAUCAUGAAGUGAAUAAGAUGACGUGCCAGAACCUGGCUGUGUGCUUCGGACCGGUGUUAUUAAGUCAGAAGCAAGACACUAACCAUAACAACAGAGUCUUUACUGAUUCAGAAGAACUUGCAAGUGCUUUGGAUUUCAAAAAACAUAUUGAAGUUCUUCAUUAUUUACUUCAACUCUGGCCAGCGCAACGUUUAACUGUCAAAGAAUCAACAGAUAAUUUGUUCCCAGAGCAGAAGUCUUCUCUAAGUUAUUUGAGGAGGAAGAAAGAACGACCUUGCAUGUUAAAUUUGAGUGGUACUGAUUCAUCAAGAAUACUUAGACCGAGGCAAACCAGAUUAGACAGUCCAGUUAGCAAUCGGUAUGCAGGCGACUGGAGCAGCUGUGGAGAAAACUACUUUUUAAAUACAAAAGAAAAUUUAAAUGACGUAGAUUAUGAUGAUGUCCCUUCAGAAGACAGAGAAAACGGAGAAAAUUGUAGCAAAAUGUAUGGACCAGAUAUAAUGAUUGAACAGCCAGUACCCUUGUCCGAAGAGUACACAUUUCAGACGUAUUUGACAAUGCAGACAAUUGAGUCUACAGUGGACCGAAAAGUCAAUCUCAAAGAUCUACAGGAAAGUAUUGAUACUUUGAUUGGAAAUCUGGAGCGUGAACUCAACAAAAACAAGCUUAAUAUGAGUGUUUGAGAUUGAGAGGUUUUAUUUGCUUUUUUGUAAUGUUUUAAAUUUUAAAUCAAUCUUUCUCAUUUUCUUAUACCUCUCACAAUGGUUUUAUUUUUUUUACUUUUAAAAAUUCCAUUAAUUUCUAAUAAGUUCAUGUGAUUCCAUUAAAAACGCUAUCAUUAAUACAAUUUUUACUUAUCUCAAUAGAAAAUUUUUCUUGGGGCAAAGAUAACUUGGACUUGUGAAUAUUUUAACAAAUACGGCCAAUUCUGUGGAGAUGACUUUUAAAUGCACUUACAAGGUUCAGAUAAGUUAUUGGCCCCUCACGGUUUUUGUACUUUAUAGGAACUGCUCUUUUGUAGCUGAAACAGGUGUUUCUUUCAGAGGAACGUGGUAGCUGCUCCGUCUGGUUUGCGGUGUGAGCCCAUGUACACUGCAGCAUCCUUUGAUCAUAUUUCAUUUGCAAUGCAAAUGCUGCUCUAAAAAACUUUUUAUAAAUAAAAGUAAAAUUAUACAAAUAUUAAUGUAUUCUUAUUAGUGUUCAGUAAUUAUUUAAGCUUAUGAAAACUAAAUAUUUUUAUAAACCUGAAACGUGUAUAUUUAUAAGUGCAUAUAUGGAUAGAUGUUAGAAUGAGAGGAGGCAUGGGCUACAGAAUCACAUGUAUCUUUAAACUAUAUAUGUCAUGAGGCCAAAAUUAUUAGCUUCAAAUGUCUUUUUCAGGGAAAGAAUAUUUAAGUUAAAGGAGGAGUUCUGUAGAAACACUUGAACCAAAACACUAGAGGCAUCUGAAUAGAAAUAAUAGACUUUCUUUUUUUAUUCACAGAAAGUCACAGUAUCCCUAGUGAGAAGUCAUCUUUUAAAUUGAAAUUCUCUAACUUCUUAAGGGAUUAAAUGCCCAGAUUUCUGCACUAGUGAUUUACACUUCAAAAAUCUUUACCUACUCUAUGCAUUUUUAUGUUCUGCUUUUUUAAAACAGAGUAAUUGUGCUUUAAGUGUAUUAUUUAUUUGUAGUAGUACAUUGAUAACAUUGACUUUAUAAUUGCCCUCAUAUGUAUCUAAAGAAAUCUUGCCAGCAUAGUCCAUGUUAUUGAUUUUUAAAAAUAACUUAUUUUGGCUAAGUGUAUCUACCAGAUAGGCAUUAUAGCAGUCACAGCAGUGUUUGAAAAAUGUAAAUUUAGAAGACUUUUUAUUAAAUUGGAAUGUAUUUUUUUAAACUUUUAUACCCACAGAACAUGUAAUUUUAAAAUUAUAAAUAAAAUUUGAAUUACCAACUUAAAGAUGUAGCAGCCACUAGAAAACACUUCUUGAUGUUUUUCUAAAUAUUAAAGUAUUUAACUAUUUCUAUGUUAAAUAUACACUGAUAAACAGAACACCUUGUUAUUUAAUUUGAAAACUCAAUUGUUAAAAAGCCAGAUAAAUAAUUAUUUUUAUAUGAAAAUUUCAUUUUUUAAAGCUUUGUAUAACAAUUCAGAAGAAUACCAAAAGAAUUUGUGACAGGUAUAUAUCUAAACAGUCAAAAGAAAUGUACUUUAAAUGUUUUAUAGGAAGACUUUGUUUGCUAUAUCAUGUAUACUGUAUGAAUUGAAUAAGUUGUUCCAGAAAUGUAAAAGUUUUAUUAAAGAAUUAUAACCUUGGUGUCAUGCUA